GGCAUUGCUGCUACAGUGCUUCUUGUUACAUAAUUUAUCCUUUUCGUUGGACUUGACUUUUGUAAAUACCUCGACGUUGAUAGCAGAGAAAAACGUUUAAUGGGACAAAAAGUAGAUGUUGUAGGAUAGCAAAAUUGAAAGACGCUUGCCGUCGAGUAGGUCGCUUGUCCUCGGCAAACAGUUUCUACAACUGAUAAGGGAGAGGCCGCCCAAAAGCGCUGGCACACACAUCUGCACAUCGGUAAUAUUCUGGUUAGGAGCAGUGCAGCAUCUUGAAUCUUUUCCAUCACAGUUUGCAAAGUCUGACGCGCGCGAGUGUAUUAUGUAGUAGUGUGUUUCAUAAUUUGGUUUAACAAGGGAGGAGACCACAGUGCAACCAAAGGCACAAGGAAACUUGAGAAGGACAAACCGAGAAGGAUAAAUUUUCGCCUUUCAACUCUCGUUCCAUGAGUACACAAAAGGAGUUUUCCACCUUUUUUCUUAGUGCAAACCGUGUACAAAGUCGCAAUCAGGAGGUACUUUAUGAAUUUUGUGCUGGCCUCGAGGCAUCGGGUGUGUUUUUUCGGUGCCAGAGUUGGUGCAAAAUGGUUGUGAAAAUUGCUGUCGAAAUCUAAAAGGAAUCGAGCAAAGCUGCCGCUGGGUUUUGCCAGCAAGAGCGCGAGGUGCAGUAAAGAUGAAUUUAUAAGUGAAAAAGGAAAUACGCCCAUUUCUGAUAUUUCCGUUUUUCGCCUGUCUCCUCUCGGGCGGAUGCUGAAUGCUUGUGUUACAUGCAAAAAUAGGUGCUGUUGUGUUGUAUAUCGAUGAAAAUUGGAAUCCAAUUAGCAGGGAAAAUGAAUUUAUUGCUCACUUCCGCGAUACUGCUGCUCGGUUGCCUAAUUUCGGGCGUGGAAGUGAAAAGCUACAAGGCAACAACAAAUCGGGGUAGUGGAAUUAGCAUAGGGGGCAGCAGUAGUAGCAGUUCCAGUAACAGCGAAAGUGGUCGUGGAAGCGGUAGUAGCAGUGGUUCCGGAUUGGGUAGCUUUCGUAACAAGCUGCAGUUAAAUGUUGGCCUUUUGGUACCACACACUAAUUUCGGGCGACGAGAUUAUCUUCGCUCGAUCAGUACAGCCGUGCUUGGUUUACAGAAGGGGCGUGGACCGAAGCUGACCUUUCUGAAGGAUCACGAAUUUCAAACAUCCAACAUACAAGUUGACAUGAUGUCGCUCACGCCUAGCCCCACAGCGAUUCUCAACACAUUAUGUAAAGAAUUUCUGCACGCGAAUGUGUCCGCUAUUCUGUACAUGAUGAACUACGAAUCUUAUGGUCGAAGCACUGCCUCGGCUCAGUACUUCCUCCAAUUGGCUGGAUAUCUGGGCAUUCCUGUAAUCUCCUGGAAUGCCGAUAACUCCGGUUUGGAGCGGCGUGCAUCGCAGUCCACGCUUCAACUGCAGCUUGCGCCCAGCAUCGAACAUCAGAGUGCCGCAAUGCUAAGCAUUCUGGAACGCUACAAGUGGCACCAAUUUUCGGUGGUGACAUCGCAGAUCGCCGGCCAUGACGAUUUUGUGCAAGCGGUUCGUGAGCAGGUUGCUGCAAUGGACCACUUUAAAUUUACCAUCCUCAACUCGAUCAUCGUAUCCCGUCCGGUCAACCUGGUCGAGCUGGUUAACAGCGAGGCCCGGGUGAUGCUGCUAUAUUGCACCAAAGACGAAGCCGUCGACAUCCUGAAGGCGGCCGAGGAGCUGCACAUAACCGGUGAAAAUUACGUGUGGGUCGUCACGCAGAGCGUGAUUGAGAACAUGCAAGCACCGACGCAGUUUCCUGUUGGCAUGCUUGGGGUGCAUUUUGAUACGUCUUCCAGUGCGCUGUUGAAUGAGAUUUCUAAUGCAAUUCGAGUGUACGCGUACGGCGUAGAGUAUUAUUUAAGUGACCCGAAAAAUUUCGGCCGGGGUCUCGACACGCAUCAGCUGUCAUGCGAAGAUGAAGGCCGUGGCCGUUGGGAUAACGGUGAGGUGUUUUUCAAAUACCUGAGGAAUGUGUCAUUGGAAGGGGAGCCGAACAGACCAAACAUUGAGUUUACUACCGAUGGUGAUCUUAAAUGGGCGGAGCUGAAGAUCAUGAAUCUACGGCCUAGUGUUAACAGUAAGGGUCUGGUAUGGGAGGAAAUUGGUAUGUGGAAAUCGUGGCAACAGCAAAAACUGGACAUCAGGGACAUAGCCUGGCCGGGUGAUUCACAUUCACCUCCACAAGGGGUACCAGAAAAGUUUCACCUCAAAAUCACGUUCUUGGAGGAAGCCCCAUAUAUCAACCUAUCUCCCGCAGAUCCAAUCAGUGGAAAAUGUCUAAUGGAUCGAGGCGUUUUGUGUCGGGUUGCGGCGGAUCACGAAAUGACAGACAUCGACAUGGGUCAAGCGCACAAGAAUGGCUCAUUCUAUCAGUGCUGCAGUGGGUUUUGCAUCGAUCUACUGGAGAAAUUCGCUGAAGAAUUGGGAUUCACGUACGAGUUAGUAAGAGUGGAAGAUGGCAAGUGGGGAACACUGGAGAAUGGAAAAUGGAAUGGGUUAAUUCACGAGUUGGUGAAUAGAAAGACUGACAUGGUGCUGACGUCUCUGAUGAUUAACGCCGAGCGGGAAGCUGUUGUAGACUUUAGCGAACCAUUUAUGGAGACUGGAAUUGCGAUAGUGGUUGCCAAAAGAACCGGAAUCAUAUCCCCAACGGCUUUCCUAGAGCCGUUUGAUACCGCAUCUUGGAUGUUGGUAGGAAUCUUCGCUAUUCAGGCAGCCACUUUUAUGAUAUUUCUUUUUGAAUGGCUAUCUCCUAGCGGAUAUGACAUGAAGACUGUCCUGCAGAACGCUAACAAUACACCGUACCGCUUUUCCUUGUUUCGUACCUAUUGGUUGGUGUGGGCCGUACUGUUUCAAGCAGCAGUGCACGUUGAUUCGCCGCGAGGAUUCACUUCCCGCUUCAUGACCAAUGUAUGGGCUAUGUUCGCUGUAGUGUUCCUUGCCAUUUACACUGCCAAUCUUGCCGCGUUCAUGAUAACCAGAGAGGAAUUCCAUGAAUUUACCGGCCUGGAUGACACACGAUUGUUGCAUCCAUUUUCUCACAAACCGACCAUCAAAUUCGGCACGAUUCCCUGGAGUCAUACCGAUUCGACUAUAUCGAAAUACUUCAAGGAAAUGCAUUACUACAUGAGGCAAUACAAUAAAACCAGUGUAGCGGAUGGCGUUGCGGCUGUUUUAAAUGGUGGCAUGGAUGCGUUCAUCUACGAUGGAACAGUCCUUGAUUAUCUAGUUCAGCAAGAUGAAGACUGUCGUUUGUUAACUGUAGGACAAUGGUAUGCCAUGACAGGUUAUGGGCUAGCGUUCAGUCGCAACUCGAAAUAUGUUGAAAUGUUCAACAAACGGCUCCUGGAAUUUCGUGCCAAUGGAGAUUUAGAACGGCUCCGGCGAUACUGGAUGACAGGAACCUGCCGUCCUGGCAAGCAAGAACACAAAUCCUCGGAUCCUCUUGCACUAGAGCAGUUCUUGUCUGCUUUUCUACUACUGAUGGCUGGAAUUUUACUUGCAGCUUUACUUUUGUUAUUGGAACAUCUAUACUUCAAAUAUUUUCGUAAGCGUUUGGCGAAAAAAGAUCGUGGAGGCUGCUGUGCCCUCAUUUCUCUCUCUAUGGGUAAGUCUUUGACCUUCAGAGGUGCGGUUUUUGAAGCGACUGAACUUCUCCGUCACCACCGCUGCAACGAUCCAAUCUGCGAUACGCAUUUGUGGAAAGUGAAACACGAACUGGAUAUGACACGAUUGCGGAACAGUCAGUUGGAGAAAGCAAUGGAUUCGCAUGGCAUUAAACCUCCUCAAAUUAAGAUAGCGUCUACCAACGACAUCAUAGGCACAGGUCGCCGGGAGAACAUCCAUCAGCGACCGAACAUUCUGGGUAAUCUAAGUCUCGGGGGAAGUGCGCAGGAUUUGUAUAGAUGGUCGUACAAGACCGAGAUUGCCGAAAUGGAAACUGUACUGUAAGUAAGUAACCACCACCAAUCUAACUAUUGAACCCGCCCAUAGUCGACAAGGGUCAUUACAUUCACUCAUUAACAACGCUGUAAACACUGUCAAUCUACAACUACUACUAAACUGGUAAAAAGUGUACUGAAUAUUCGUGUAGGUACAACCAAUCAGAGAAGUCGUUCAACUGCACGAAAAACAAUCAACCGUUCCACACAAUACAACUGGAAACCACCGUGGUAGAUCGAGCUUAAAAAGUUUUGAGUUUUGCCGGCGCUGGAGACUACUGAAGAUUAGGGAAAAAACGAAAGUUAGUUUAAUUGACUUCAGGCCGGAUUUAGAAGCUGGGGUGCCCGGGGCAAAUUUGUUUGUGAGGCUUUAUUUUCUUAAAACAUUUAAAGGUAACGUUCUUUACAGACGAGCAGGUGAUAAGCAAAAAAAAGGUCACCCUAGGACAAGGGGGCCCCUUCAAUCGGGAGGCCCGGGGCAUUUGCCCCCUUUGCCUCCCCUCAAAUCCGGGCCUGAUUGACUUUCGACUUUAAUAGCUUCGUGUUGAUCCUAGAGCAUGUUUUCCGAUUUGAUCCUAUGAAUUUUAUUAGGAGUAUUUUGAUUUAGUAAUAUUCAACGUCAAUUUUUAAACUUAUGUAGUGUAAGUGACAGCUCAGUUUGCUGGUUUGUCCCGUUCUAUUUUCAAAACGGUAUUAUACACGAAAACAAUUUUCUCUUUGCAUCUUUGCACACCAAAAAAUGUUUGCACUUCGAAAAAAGAAAUUAGAAAAAACGACCUCCGACAAAUUUACUUACAUUUAGUUAUAUCUUGAUUAAAUUUUCACCUGGUUUUAAACACAGUACCAUCACAUCGUUGAAGUCAUUUGAACUUCUCUCUGCGCCACUCUGCGCCCAUAACCUAUCUAUUCACUCUGAGCUGAAUAUCUUUAGGAUUCAGAAUUGAAAAGACCACGCCUAUGGUUUCAAGGGCUAACAUCUCAACAUUUAUGUAAACGAGAUAGCAUAUCACCGCCUCUCUUCAUGCAUCUUUAUCUCACUGCUGACAGCGAGCACAAAUUAAUUUGAGCCCAGGACAUGAGUUCAUUGUCAUUCACUGUUACUCGGUAUAGGGAUGCUAAUGGCUCGAAAAAGACUGUCGAGCUUUCAAAAAGUCUUUUGAUGAGGACAUAGAAAAUGCCAGUAUCUCUUGGUGCUUCGCCUUUUAUUUAAAGUUUUAAAGUUUGUGAAAAUAGAUUGCACUUCACUCAUUUUUUUACUCUUUCGAAUAUCAAUUGAUGAGCCUAAUAAUGUUCUCUAGGUUCGAAUAUUAACUCUUUCAAAUUGUUUAACAUCUUUUUGAGCUUUUAUGUUUGUUGUUUAGAAAAAUGCGAUCACUUUUAUCGAGUUUUUUGCAAUUGUAUGCAAAGUUUAAAAUGGAUCUUUUAAAUUAUAUGUUCUAAAAAUGUUCACUAUUCAAAUUCUUAAAUAUUCUCUCAAAAUUAGAAUUAUUUUGCGAAACAAUAUCUUAUUUCAAGCUCUCUCUAAUCAUGGAGUCAUGGAACGAUUUCCAACCCAAUUUGAAAUUGAUUGAUAUUUUUAGUAUUAAGGCUAUCAGAAUACAUAAGACAACUUUGGCAAAGAUUGCGUACGGUUGCCAUGUGCAACGGCAGGGAAGGAAACCUGAUAAUCGAUGAGACGUGUAAAACUUGGUUCAAGUAUUAAGUAUAACUUACACAUUAUAACAUUCCUACUUACUUAACUUUUAUGGCGACAGGUCGUUAACGACCCACUGCCGAAUCCAGAAUACGUCUCCAUAUCAUUCGAUAUUGGGAUAGUCUUCUCCAAUAGCCCCUAACACCCGCCGAUCGGGCGUUCUCAUCCACGCCACACAUCCAACGAGUACGGGGUCUACCACAGAGUCGGGCUCUCUGCUGAGUAUGUCUUUGCUGGUCGCUCCUCCGAUUAACGUUGUUGUCACACGUUACGAGAGUACCAAGGUAGGGGAACAACAGGCAACACGGACAGGGCGGGUAAGAUGGUCCGUUGCUCAUUUCUAUAUAAACCAUUGAAAUGAACACAAAUCAUUUAUGCCAGUUACAUACCAACAGUUUUCUGGGAGUUUCGAGAUAUUAUGAAGAUUGAAACAAUAGUUAGUUAUUUGAGAAAUAAUAAAAAUAAGCUCACCCUCAACAGCAAAGCAAUGUGAUGUAGUUUUUGCCGUACCGAAUUUAAGCUUCUGCUGCGGUAAAACUUCAGAAAAAUAUAGUUUUCAAUGACAUUGGAAUAAUUAAGCAUAUUUGAAACAUGUGGGUGAAGAUAGUUUAGUGAAAAUAUGAUUUUUUUGGAAAUCACAUCGAUCCAAAAAAUUGUUUGCCUCUUGGGCAAGACGGUCAGUCGUUGUGUUCGCAAAAUGGGCAGUCUGAGAAAACGACGAUAGCACCAUGUCAUAUUGUUUCUAUCAGCAUUCUUAGCACGUGAGAUGAGACUUAAAGUCAUUAACUCUCAUUUGAAAUAAAAAUCAUCAUUAGAAACGUUGUUAAAACCUGUAAAUAUGCUACAUGUAAAUGUGUCUGCGCAGCGGACGGUAAGCUUUAAACACGUGCUUUUUUGCGCAGCGCGUCGUCCCGUAUAGAAAAGAAAUUUGCUAUAGUUUUUCAUAAGGCCGUCUUACCAGCACAGCCGGUCCGUUUCAUAUGCACGUUGUGAAAUAGUGGUUUUUCGAGACUGUUUUUAUUUUAGUGAAAACUAAUAUAAAAUCACUCUAAAAAGGAAAGGUUUGCAUUAUUUUAUGAAAAGCACUAGUGAAUGUCAAAUAUUAUGAAUAUCGUUGGUUGCAAUGUUGUGUCUUGAGCAGAAUAAUGAAUGAUUUCCUUAGGGUGACCGUCUUGCCCGUUGUUCCCCUACACAAAUUCGUUGACUACUUCAUAGAUACCCCAUCUAUCACAACUGCUCUGCGGUUAAUACCGACUGUCGACUUCAGGAGUUUAUCAAGAAGAACGUCUUUCUUUUAAAAAGGGUUAGAUUCCUCGGGUUAUCUUAACCGACGUGCAAAGGUCCUUUUCGCAUUCGAAAGGCUUAAACACGCAAGGGACAACCUCUGAAAUCUAACGUUCGGAAGAAGAAAGAUCUACGCGAGUUCGAUUUUGCUAGUGGUAUGAUUUUAUUUGGUAGAAAAUCGGGUUUAUAUACAAAAUUUACAAAUUCGAAUCUUAUGAACUAUGCCUACGUAUGGAAGAGAAAAUGAGAGAGAAGAUUCUCCGAAUCUUCGUAAGGGAACAAAUAAGAACGCGACAGAAUUUCCAUUCGCCUAGCCAGGACAAAUUUGCCUUCCCCUAAUCCGGUACCUGAACGGGAAAAAGGUUUCGGCUUUCUUUACACGCGCCUACGACAACAUUCAUUCAGAUAGUUACAAUGUUUUACAAAGCGCCGGAUUUGCAUUCCCUAUUUCCCUACUUAAGAUGAUAAUGCGUACGCAGACGCGCCGGCUGAUAAUAGGACUUAUCGCCCUUUUCUUUGAGCAUUACUCGUCCAUAAUUCGCAUAGUCAUUGACGCUGGCUAAACCUAACAGACUAAGAAAACAGAACAGAACAGAAAAUAGACCGCUUACGAUUAGUGGCCUCGCACGGAUCUAGAAAUUCUAUACCUGCUUCUAAUCUAGCACCCGCACGAAGGGUCGGUCGGGGAUUAUUUCUGUAGCAAUCUCCUCUAUGACGGGAACCUAUUCGCGAUUAUUAAAUCUAUUCUAAUUCCUUUUAUAAGAACAAUAAUUAAUGAGUUGCUGAAUGACUAUAUUGUCAAGUUCUAAAUAUUGCGUUUGCUAACCGACGAUAUGGAUAUUGUCCGCAAAGUCAAGCGAGAGCUCAUGAGACUUUGAGAUAAUAGUACCGCUUUUUUGCACGCCAGCUCUCUGGACUUCUCCUUCCAAAGCAUUGUUGAACAAUAGGUUCGAGAGCCCGCCACCCUACUUCAAACCGUCCAACGGCAUAAACGGGUCCAAAAUUACGCCCGCUAUCCACAUGAUGGAAACCCGUAAAAGGUGGCACGAAUCAGCAUAAUCAGUUUCGUUGUGAAACCGUGUUCAAGCAUAAUCUGCGCUUAACUGAAUCAUAUGCCGCCUUGAACUCUAUAAACAGAUAAUGAGUUAGCAAGAUAACUUCUCUGAACUUGUCAAGGAUUUGACGCAAGGUGAUGGGUCGGUCUCAGUCUUUUAAAAAGGAUGCGAAUCUUGUAAGCAGAAUUGAGGAUUGUUAUGCCUCGAUAUUUACUGCAAUCGAGUCGGUGGUCCUUUUUAAAGACUGGGCAAAUGAGUUCGUCCAUCUAGUCUGCUGGUAGUUUGUUUUCGGGCCAAACUUUCAAGAUGAGCCGAUGGAUUGCACACAACAGCUGCUCACUCCUGGCUUUGAAGAGUUCGGCUGGGAGGCCGUUGUUUUCAGCUGCUUUGUGGUGUUUCUUAACUCUUUACAAGCUGCCCCAACCUCGUCCAAGCCUGGCGGAUCUGCAGCUUGUCCAUCCCCCUUAAUUUCUCUCCUGUUUCUGUCGACGGCCCUAUCCUCUUCGUCGUUCAGCAACGCCUUGAAAUGCUGUUUCCAACGCAGGGCCACCAGUGUCUUAUCGGUUAUCAGGUUACCUUCCUUGUUGUUACACAUAGCAGGGAUUGAUAACGUUCCUGAUUCCGUUUAUGAUUUUGAAGAAACUUUCGUGUCGUGUAAGAGAAGCCUCCCCAUCUGGAACAACCCGUUCGCAGUGCUCACUUUUCUUGCGUUUAGCUUGGGCCUCGGAAGGACCACACAUCGAUGACAUAAACCAGUAUAUGGUCGAUUUGAGAGCAUGCCUCGCGUUUGGGGUGUUACCAUGUAUGUUUCUGAAUAUCUUUCCUGCAAAGUAUGUGCUACAGAUUGCCAUUUCUCUCGCUGCGUCGAAGUUCACCAACCUCAGGCCAUUCUCAUCACUGGUAGCAUGGAGACUGUGUCCACUAAUAAUGGGACGGAAGAACUGCUCUCGUCCAACCUGUGCGUUUGCGUCCUUGAUGAUGAUCUUUAUAUCAUGUUUUGGGCUUUCUCCAUAUGUCGCAAAACUCCUCCUUCACAUCAUCGGGUUUAUCGUUUUUUGGUGCGUAUACAUUGAUCAGGCUGUACUCGAAGAAUCUGUCCUCGAUUCUUAGCACGCAUAAACGGUCACUGGUGGGUCUCCACUUAAGGACCCGCAUGAUCUGUUUUCUUUGUAUGACAAAACCGACGCCUUGUUUACCUCUGUCGCCGCCACAUCUAUCAGAUGUGGUAUUUGAAAGUAAAAUAGACCAUCGCACGGUGACGUCACGCACCUGAGUUUGACAGCUACUGGUAACUUUGUUUACCUUCGGGUGAUGCAGUUUUGUUCUUAAUUACAGCAGAUCAUUUCAAUUGUGAUCAAAAUGACGGUUAAAUGUUGUGCUUGAGGUGCCAGUACACUAAAAAACAGUUAAAAAUUAAGCAGCAUUUCCACUACGCGCGCGAUUGAUCCAUUAGAAAAAAGCAAAAAUUCAAAAACGUAAACAAAGUUACCACUAACUGUCAGAAAAGUGAGGUUACAGAGAUUCGGUGAGAUAGUCUAUAGAAAGAUUUAUCGUUCGGAGCUCACGUUCACCCGUCUUCGGGUACCGCACUUCCUGUAUUGCUGCGAUUUCCAUCGUCUCUUUUCGCAGCUCCCUGGCCAAGAUGUCCACGCGUGCCGGUUAGAGUAGAGUUCACCGAUCUUCCCUUGGCUGCUCGUAUCCAUGUUGGUACAACGUAGAGGUAGGGAUAGGAGUUGCUAGGUUGUAUGCUCUGGACCACACUGGGGUCUAUUUUAUGUCAACUAGUACGGAUUGUAUUGCUGGUACGCUCUGCCCAGCCGUUUACCAACCGCUAUAACUUUUGAUCGUAUUUUAAAACCGGUUAUCUUCGACUAUCGCGUCGACGGAUUGGAGCUGAAAAGGGUCGAUCAGGUAAAAGACUUUAGUGUUCUUCUUUACACUAGACUUACAUUUCAUCUGCAUCACGCAACGAUGAUUUCAAAAGCUACACGCCAGCCCGGUUUCAUUUCAGAAGUCGACCGUGAUUUCAAAGUUUCGCAGUUCUUGAAGCGAUUUACUGUUAACUAGUACACCUGAUCGAGAAUUGCAACUUGAUUUGGUUUCCCUAUCAGCUAAUUUGAAACCUGCGGAUUCAGUGUAUCCAAAAACGAUUUGAUUGCAUUGCACUACGUGAGCUUCCCGCUGUGAUCCCGCUAACUUACCCCCGUAUCGCUGCCAUUUGAUUGGUAUCAAAGAUGACUAGAACAAGAUACCUGACUCUUGCAGAAUUCAUCGGACAUGAUUGUCGCUGCGCGUGAGCAAAAGUCGAACUAAUUUAUACACUGUUAAUAUGAUGUAUACUCAACGUUAAAAUCAACUGACGACAAGGCCAAGACAUGACUGCUGAAAGGUGAAACAAUUUUUUCAGUAUCCAUGUGGACGACUGUACGAGUGUACGGUGCUGCCAUCCGAAAAAUGAUAAUAACGUGUACGAAUGUUUAGUUUUCAAAUGAAACUGUCCGGAAGAAUCAAGAAUAAUCGGCGCAUCAUUCAAAAUUUAGCGUACCAUCAGAAAUUCUUGAUAACCGCUAUGAGCACGCUCUCCAGCCAAGUUAUUAACUCUUGCCAAGGUUGAUAAAGCAAAAAUCGCGUGCCCCGGUGAACCUAACCAUAUGCACAAUGGUGCUGAAACCUGGCUUGCGUCAUAUCAAACUGUAAGUGUUGGUAGAAUGGGACCUGAAAAUAAAUAUAACCCCUCAAUGUAAACUCCCACGCUGACAGUCAAUUUACACUUUUCUUUCGUACUUUGAAGUGCAAAAAAUAUGGCAAUAGCAUUAAAAUGACAAUAUCAAUAAUCUGCAUGUUAUCUUAAGCGUUGAGCUGACCAAACUGCUAAACCUUUUUCAUAUACAAUCUUGAGCAGCUCAACUAUCGAUGACGGACUAUGCACGAUAAAUCGGUUUUGCUCAUAGUGACAAUUUUAUGAGAAUUUAAGUCAUCAGAUGGCAGCACUAACCGUCGAAAAUCAGUCGUAUUCAAAAUGUAUGAAAAAUAUGGAAGUUAGGUAUCUUGUUCUAGUUAUCUUUGUUGGUAUCGAGCAGUGUUUACUCCCAAAUUAAUCUUCACAACGCGCUAUUCGUUUAACUGAAUUUCUUUGCCGUACAUAGUUUAGUCGCAGACAGACGUCCAAGCAAGAACAACAUUGAUCAAAAUUUCCGUGUAAAUUUUCAAAGUAAAUUGCGUUAUAAAUCACUUGUACACUAACGCCGCCUGGUGACCUUAUCGCUACAAUACAUUUUUUUUCGCUGGUGCACGAGGCUGGCGAUACUGGUAGCGCUAUCUGGUUACGGAUUGCUACUGCAAAAAACUUUACACAAGUUUGAAACUCAGCUUGGACGUCUGUCUGCGGUUUAGUUUUAAUGAACCUGUCGCAGCAUGCCCUAGAACUUUUGCUCAUGUUGAGCAACUGUUUGAACUCAACGAAUCCUGGGAUAAAUUCAUGCAGAAGCUCACCUUACCAAACAGUCUCGAACCGUGGGGUGGCUCUUGCUGUAAGUAAGACUCGUCCUAACUUUACUGGGUCCAUGGCUGCAGUUCGCUGGCUCCUCACCCUUCCAACCCUUCCACUUUUUCUCAUUUCACGGCAUAUUGUCCAAGGUGUUCGGACACUAGUAUCAAGUUUCCAUUACAUUCGGAUGUGGUCUAUGUAAACAUGCUCUAGCGUCAAUCCUUCCAAAAAGAAUGCCCGGCAAAACACUAGCAAGGCAAUGCCAACCCGAAUAACAUGCAAAACCGUUAAACACUUCAUGUUCCGGCAUGCUGACAAACAUUCGAAAAGAGAGAAAUUCGUACAUUGAAAGAGAUAGAUAUUGUUGGUAUAAACGUUAAUUUACUAAAGCAUUUACUAUUUACGAUUAUUAUAACAAGAGAAAAGAUUAUUAUAUUAAACACAUACAAAUUCAGAUUGAAAUUGGUAAUAAAUUUUAUACCUGCAUUAACAAUAUUUGUACACAAAACAGAGAUUCGUGCAUCUGAAUAUUUACUUUUCAUUCAACAAAGUUGUCAUUUUUGACAAAUGUUUAUGAUCGGUUUGAUCGUUGUACAAUUGGUAUUUAUUUUUAUAUUUCGUAAUCCUUGCAAGCCGAAUGUACAGAAUAUCUAAAGAACAAACGAGCACAAUCACUGUUACAGUUGUGUAAAUACCAUUCCUGCUCCCAAAUAAAACCAACCCGAAGAAAGCCAAAAAAGACAAAGGAAGUUCGGCAAAUUUUAGGCCAAAGAAAAAAGAUAAAAACGUUUAAUAUAGAGCAAAGUUUACUACAAAGAAACAUUUUGACGUUUUACGCUUAUUAUAUAUAAAAAAAACUAAUCCGUUAAAUGAAAAUGCUGGUACCACGUGACUACACUCAUACACAACCAUGCUAACCGGAAACCACAUAGCACUAAAAAAUCGAACAGUUCAUUCAAACACAGAAAUAAUAGACGGACAGAUUUCUGAAGCAUUACUAACAUUUAAAGUUUAAACCUAAAUAAACAGAUGCAUUGUAAUUUAAAAUGAAUAAACAGACAACCCACGAGAGUACUAAGCAAAAUUAUUGAGUGGUUUUACUAAGAAAAUAAUAAGAAUAAAAAUGGAAAUAAACAGUUAACUUUAUAGAAAACUUACAAAUAUAUGAAAAAUCGUAAAAAAACAAACACUACUCUGGAUUGCGUUGAAGCAUUUUGAAGAUUUCAAUAAUCGUACUGGUUAUGUUACGCAAAAUAAGGAAAAACGAAAAUAAAACACACACACAAAGAAAUUCUAGUGGUAUGUUAGUGAGGAGGAAUUAUAAUUAUGAUUAUGAUUACCAUUCAAACAUGAAAAAGGCCUAAUAAUUACAGAGACGGAGAUAUAAGCCAAAAAACACUUUUAUAACGAAACAAGCAAAAAAAAACUACCAAACACGUACUAAUCGGACGAAGACAAAACAUACGGACACAAACGAAACGUAUCUAGAUUUACGAAAUGGAAUGAAACGGUGCAACUUCAAAUCAAAAGGGAAUAAAACAAAAUAAACACGAAAAGCGAAAUUACGAAGUAAGGAAAACACAAAAACUUUAUGGGAGAUUAUUCCGUUGUUUCAUUCGUAAUAUGUACUGAUAUCAGCCAAACAGCAUAUGACUCGAUUCGUUUCUCGUUACUAAUUGUAACAAAAUUGGUUAACAUUUUGUAGGUUAUAUAAAAAUCACUAUAUAAACGAAUGAGCGAAGAACGAGUGAAUCGGCUGCGAGAUCUGAAAAACGAACGUGUAUCUUACAGUGUAUUAUUGUUAAUGUAGAUGUUGAAAAAGUUAAAGGAACCGAACAGAUGAAACAUAUGUAGGAUUCAUCGGAAAAAAAGUAAAACCAGAAGGUUACAGAAUGAAGAAUGUUGUAGGCGGACAGAAGUGUAAAUCUGUAGGCUGUAAGCAGCGUAACUGAGGAAUGUUAAAAUCAUUACAAGAACAGCUUAUAGGUUUCAUACGUGUUCAUACAAAGGAUUUAAAAUUGAAGCUGUUUUGUAAAGAAAGACAAAAGUGCAGGACAAGUGUGCGCUUACACACAAACACAAAUGUGUUAGCUAGUUGUCCCAGCCAUAAGAUGUGGCAUGUUUUGUUUUAAUGUGUUCGUACAAUGUUUGGCCACAAUGGAAAUCCCACAUCAGAAAUUUUUCAAACAUGGUAUUGCAUGUUUUCAAUCGAUGUUUCUAGAUUUUUGCCAAUGACACAUUUCAGAGUAACAGAUUGCAAUUUUGAAUAGAUAGUAUUGUUGGAUUUAUCCCGGGUUGAAGUUUUGAUAUAUUUGAUAUUAUUUACACUUGCUGUGGAAGAUCGGUAAUUUAUUAAUACUUUGACAUUUACAAUAAACCCAAACAUUUUUGAUUGGAAAAACUACAUUCGUGUCUCAUGGAAGUUGGCUAUACCGCGUUUUUAUUUAAAUUUGUAGAGAAAGAUUUCAUUGUGCUCGCCGAAAUUCGUACAAAACUUCACUGUAGGAUAGGCUUUACUUUUUAUUAUGAGUGGAAAUUGAAAGUAUGAAAAACAAUCAUGAUAAAACCGGUUGUCAAUUUGUAACCAUUUUAUUUUUACAUUUUUCAUAGAUUUUUGGUUUGAAUUACUUAGAAAAAUAUAUCGUCAAUACGUGCCAAACACUAGAAAACACAUUUGCUCAUUUGAUGGGAGUAAAAGAUUGAUUAUUUACAUUACUUUACAAAUUGCGGGCACCGGACUGGAGGAAUCGAAAUAGCAACAUACACUUACUGACUCACGCGAAAGCCAUCAUCACUGAUUGAUUGGUAACAUUGACAAAUAAUUUAUAGUUAUAAGAAUUUAUUAAUUUUAGAAAACCGUAUUGAUACAGAUAUUUUAUAGUAACAAUGGAUAACAAAGCAAAACAGAUCCAUCCCUUCCCUUAUUUGCGAAUUUGCGAGUAGAAGCCAGUAAAAGUGAAUGUGGAAGUCAGAGUUUAGAAGCUUAAAUUUUACAGUUCACAAUUAAGUGCAACAGAACCUGCAAUUCUGUGUGAUUAAGUAUGCUAUAUAGAGAAUAUAUUACCAUGUUUUGCUAAGUGUUCAUUUACAACUAUGUUCUAAACAUGUAAACUAAGCUUCAAAUGAGAUUGUCCGAAGCUUGUUCGACUGGAAAAGUAGAUGGUGAAAAUACCAAUGUUGUUAUUAGAUUUAUACACGAUAAUAUCAUUCUGAUUGCUCAUCAUUAGUGUGUGUCACACACUUUAUGAAUUUCGUUAUGUUGCAAGUAAAACAAGAAAAAAAAAUAAUGAAACUCCCAUAAACAACAAAAAAAUCAACAAUCGACAAAAUGUAACAGAAAACAAGUAAUAAAAAGAAUUGUAUAGAAAAGCAGCACUUGAAACCUUAUAAUAAAUGUUAACAUUAAUAGAGUAAAGUAAAUAUUAUUAAAUUUGAAUUGAAGAAGCAUAUAUUGAAUAUAGGAUAAUUUAAAUAACUAAUUUAAACUCAAAAAAUAUCUGCAGACGAACACACAGACAAAAAAAAACGAAAAGAGACAAGCCCGAUAGAAAAUCAAGCCAAAAAAGCGGAAAGUAGGUGUAAUAGUUUGCUAAAGCUGUAUUCAAACCAAUGAACGAAAACGUCGUAAACUAACUAAACAUUGAAGGUAUCAACUGAAUUAAACAAAAAUCACAAGGUCUGCUUCGAUGACGCGGUUAAGGAUGAAACUUUCCUCAAACCUGUCGUCGACAGCACAGGCCUACUAAUAACCCAUGGAUAAAAGUAAACUAUGUUUGUGUAUUUAAUUAAAUCCAAUUAAAAAAAACAAAGCUAAUUAAUCGUGGCAUGUAGCAACCGAAUAAUGCGAACGUAUUUGUACCUCUAUACCAUCCUAGAGUCGCAGCCUUGGUUGAGCUAAAGAAAUCGCCCACUUAGUAAAAUUAUGCAGGUAAUCGUAAAACUAAAUUUAAACAAGAAAACGAAAAAAAGGACGAACGCAAUGCCAGAAUACCGUUGGAAAGCGUAAAAACUGCAUUUACUGGUCACGAAACCAGGCGCUAACGGGCAACAGUGUACACCUACGCAACAACAUCACAUUUGAGAAUAAAUAAAAAAUAACAUAUGAAUGUUAAAA